AUGCGUCUGAUCAUUGAAUCAAUAUUGGUUGCACAAGUGUUUCUCAGCAUUACUGUACAGGUUAACAGCUUUUUACUCGUUUCAAAACGGCAGGUGGAAGUUGAAGAAAAUAAGAAAUAUUCAAAAAUCAAUGCUGAAAUACAAGAAAACUAUGUUGCACGUUCAAAAGCCGAAAAUAGUGUCAUUAAUCAUCUCAACGAAGAAGAGCAACAAAUUUCAAUUGAGAUUCUUAAAUGGUUUGAAAUGAUUGAAGCUUCUUCAUGUCUAAAAGCUAACUCGACACAAAAUAGUAUGAGCGAUAAUGACUACCAAAAAUAUGUUGUAGAUGGAUAUUCCAAGAUGCAAUCUCAAUAUGAACAACAUAUGAAAAAACUAGAUGAAACUCAACAAAUAACUUUGAAAAAGGCAAUUGAUACAUUCAAAAGAUCAGGAUUAUUAUGGUGUAAAAUACAACUGAUGGUGGAACCGACAAAGAAUUGA